UAGCGCUAGAGACGCCGCUGGGAUCGCACACAACUGGAUGCCUGUGCGUUUUUGGAAAUGGUCAUACCCACCCUGUGUGGGCAGAGUAAGUAGAGCUGUGGACUGGACUAUCUCAAGCAGACCGAUUUAAUCAGCGGAAUGUCUUCGCGAGCUGCUCUUCAGAGUGGAAACUAAGACGGUGAACGACAGCGGUUCCUGCCGGGGCGAUGGGCUGGUGUGCAGGUGAACCAACGUGAGAGCAGGAUCCACGUAUGAAGACUGCUUUGGUCCGCUGGCACAUGGGAGCUGUGACACUCCGCAUUUUCAGAUUUUAAGGACACUCUCCUGAGGAGGCCACAGAGACAUGUCAAGAGACAGCAUGACAGAUGUACGAGGAAGCCAUUCACAAAAUGCUAGCCCAGCUCUACCGAAAGAGAACGGGCACACUGCGCCGAGUCCACCUCAACCCAACUUUCCCCAUCCCUCAGAGACGACCAUACCCGACGAUACCCCAGCGUCAUCCACCAGCCAGCUGACCCAGACCUGGGUCCACUUUGCUAAGACAUUUGUGCUCAUUUUCCCCAUUUACGCACUUGGUUAUUUUGAGUUCAGUUUCAGCUGGCUGCUUAUUGGACUUGUGAUCUUUUUCUGGUGGAGGAGGAACACAGGAGGAAAGCAAAGCCGACUGAGCCGAGCAAUAGCUUUCUUUGAGCAAGAGGAGCAAAGUGCCAAAUGUGCUCUCACCACCUCUGAUUUACCACCAUGGGUCCACUUUCCAGAUGUAGAGCGGGUGGAGUGGCUGAACAAGACUGUGAAACAGAUGUGGCCCUACAUCUGCCAGUUUGUGGAAAAACUGUUCCACGACGUGAUCGAGCCGGCGGUGAAGGAGUCCAACGCCCACCUCAGCACCUUCUCCUUCACCAAGUUCGACAUGGGAGACAAACCGCUGAGGAUCAACGGGGUCAAGGUUUACACGGAAAACGUGGAUAAGCGACAGAUCAUUAUGGACCUGCAGAUCAGCUUUGUUGGCAACACUGAGAUCGAAGUAGACAUCAAACGCUACUACUGCAAAGCUGGCAUCAAGAGCAUCCAGAUCCACGGUGUGUUGAGAGUGGUGAUGGAGCCGUUGCUGGGUGAUAUACCUCUCGUCGGAGCUCUGUCUUUGUUCUUCUUGAAGAAGCCACUUGUGGACAUAAACUGGACCGGCCUCUCCAAUAUACUGGAUAUUCCUGGGCUCAAUGGCUUCUCUGACAGUCUGAUUCAAGACAUUAUCUGCAGUUAUUUGGUAUUGCCCAACCGAAUCACUAUCCCACUGGUUGGAACGGUGGAGCUGGCCAAGCUGCGCUUUCCAAUGCCAAAGGGAGUCCUAAGGAUUCACUUCCUGGAGGCUCAAGAUCUAGAAGGGAAGGAUACAUUUCUGGGAGGGUUGAUCAAAGGCAAGUCUGACCCCUAUGGUAUCCUGCAGAUCGGCAACCAGCUGUUUCAGAGCAAGACAAUUAAGGAAAGCCUUAAUCCCAAGUGGAACGAAGUGUACGAGGCACUGGUGUAUGAGCACUCAGGUCAGCAUCUUGAGAUUGAGCUAUUUGAUGAGGAUCCAGACCAAGAUGACUUCCUGGGGAGCCUCAUGAUUGAUAUGACAGAGCUGCACAAAGAACAGAAAGUUGAUAUGUGGUUUGAUCUUGAAGAAGCAACUACUGGGAAACUCCACCUGAAACUGGAGUGGCUAUCGCUGCUCUCCACUUCUGAGAAAUUGGACCAGGUUCUGCAAAGCGUGCGCGCAGACAGAAGCCUUGCCAACGACGGACUGUCAUCAGCGCUGCUGGUGGUCUAUCUGGACUCGGCAAAGAACCUGCCAAGCGUCUUCUCAGGCAGCUUAGGCUGUGGAAACUUAAGUGAGAGGAGAGCUUCUGGCCUAGUCUUUUGUGAGAGCAAUACUUCAGAGUAUAAAACAAUAUGUUCUGCUAAGAAGAAUACCAGCGACCCCAGCCCUUAUGUUCAUUUCAGAGUUGGACAUAAAACUCUUGAAAGUAAGAUCCGGUACAAGACUAAGGAGCCCCUGUGGGAAGACUGUUUUUCAUUCCUGGUCCAUAACCCGAGGAGGCAGGAGCUCGAGGUGGAGGUAAAAGACGACAAGAACAAAUGCACUCUGGGUAACUUGACGGUGCCUUUGAGUAGCCUGCUGGUGGAGAAGGACAUGACGCUGAAUCAGCGUUUUCCCCUCAAGAAUUCUGGGCCCAGCUCCACCAUCAAACUUAAGAUGGCUCUGAGGAUCCUGUCCUUGGAGAAGCAAGUGUCCCCAGACCAGCCUUCUUCAGUCCAGGUCAACAAGUCCGGCGUGCCACAGGCACCCCCAGCCUCGUCCCUGAGACAAUCAGCCUCAGAUUCGCCGCUGCCUCCGCCCACGCAUUCGCAUCCUAUAGAAGCUUCCACUCUCAACCUCAAGGACAGGGACGGCGAGCCGUACGGAGCCAGCCAUCGCUACAGUACCACCAACCUGACCACCGCCAUGUCAAGCUCCCAGAAACACCUGCCCCACAACAAGUCCACAGCCAGCCUGGCAUCGGAUAUCUCCCUGCCUAUUGCCACUGUGGAGCUUCAGCAAAGGCUUCGUCAGCUGCAGAACGGCUCGGCCCCCAGCCAGUACCCCCUGGGUGAGAUCCAGCUGACUGUUCGACACAGCUCCCAGAGGAAUAAACUCAUUGUGGUGGUGCACGCCUGCCGCAACUUGAUAGCCUUCACCAAAGAUGGCUCGGACCCCUUCAUACGCCUCUAUUUGCUGCCUGACAAGAGCCGGACGGGGAAGAGGAAGACAAGCACAAUGAAGAGGACUCUUAAUCCUGUUUACGAUCAGACGUUUGAGUUUAGUGUAUCUAUUGUGGAGCUCCACAGGAGAACUCUGGAUGUUGCUGUGAAGAAUGGAGGGAGCAUCCUGUCCAAACACAAAGGGCUUCUGGGAAAGGUUCUGGUGGAUUUAAGUGGAGAUGACAUAGCAAAAGGAAUCACACAGUGGUAUUAUCUAAGUGAAGACGGUUUGUCGUCUCAAGCCACAAAAAGUAUUCAAGACCCCGUCGUCACGUAGUGGCACCACCUCUCUUCUGUAACAUAGUUAUCUUGUUAACCUAAGGGCACAUCCUUCUGUUGUAUUCAUAUAUAAUUUCCAUUUAGUUAACAGGAAUAAUUUCAUCAUGUUUAGUUUUAUUUUUGUCAAAAUUUCCUGUUAAUCUUUCAUGAGCCUGAUUGGAAGAUGUUGUAACAUAUUUUAAUUUGUUCAAACACACUUACUGCCUUGUCUCUGU